AUGUCGAGGAACACAACCGUCACCUUCCGAGAGGAGGUAGUGAAGAUUCCUGCAGAGACCUCCCGGGAAAGCACACCAACCACGCUAGAACCUGCACGAGAUGCUCACUGGCAAAGAGAUGAGAUCAAACUCGGGCCCCCAAAAGCAGUGGUCAUCGAGGACGACGAUGGCUCUGAUUCUGAAUACGGCACCAAGGAUAACGAUUUGGAUGCCUGGGGCGAUCCCUCGCAACCCCGGGCCCGGCCUGCUGCAGAGAACUACGCAGACGAGACUGGGGAGAGCUUGGUCACGCUGGUUUGCACGGCUCGUGCCGAAAUCUCAAAGAACGUCCAAAUGCGGUGGCUCCACUUGCAGCAGACAGAGCGAAACCUGCGGACGCUUGAGGAUCUCGUUCUGUACUGCCCAUACGCCUCAGACACGAUGAAGUCGGUAGCGCUGAACCUAUUGCGGAACAGCCACAAUCGCUCUGAGGGGGCCUCAAAUCGAGGAUACGUCGUGCGGUACGAUAACCGAGAUUCCCGGGGAACAUGGAAUGAAGAUUCCGUCACAUUCCUCAGCGUGCCUUUCUUGCUGCGACGCCGGUCGCGGACACCAGCGCACAUCGCACUGCAUCUCCUUCCGUAUUUCCACGGCGACCUCCCCCGUCACAACGACAUCGACGCAUCUGAUGCGUACUCCCCCUUGGCCAGGGAGUUCCGGGACGACGAGCAAUUCUACGUCACUCAGCUGUGGUGCCUCCUCUUGGAGCCAGAAAGUCGACAACCGUUGACCGUGAGGAUUGUCGACGAGGAGUUCGGCCACUUUUAUCUCGUUAUCAGGCCACCUAUUCCGUACAAUAGCUGGCAGGAUUUCAUGAAACAUGUUUUGAGCGUUACUCGGUGCCAUGUGUCAUUGGAAGAAGGGGCGAGCUCCUCCAACUUCACCCUGCUUAACGGCGAGCUCGAUCGGUUGACACCUGAACGGUGGAUCACGCUCAUGGAACGCGAAGAUUUGGAUACCCUCCAACUGACCCUCGUCCGUGGGAUGAUCGACGACUCCCCUUCAGAUGAUUACGACAGCCCUUCCAGUCGCCGAACACGGCGGAGCAGCCGAAGGUCGCUUAUUGAGCCAAAGGGUAUCUUGAAGAACAAAAUCAUCAAUGAUCCCUUAAACUUCAUUGACCCAAAGAAAUGUCUCAUUGAGACAUCUUCCGACGACAGCGAGGGCGGCAAUGAAGGCAAAUGCGUUGCUUUCAAAGACGAUCCAGCCCCCAUAAUGGAUACGGUUUCUCCGUUUUUCACGUGGAAUGUCAUUCGGCAGUCGUCAACAAGCCGCUACGAAGAGGGUUACCCGAAUUCAUCCGUCAGAGUCUAUCGCUUGCUGAGCCAGGUCGAAAAGUCCAUCACUCGAAGGAGGCAUCGAGUCCUUUACCUCGCCGGUUUCGAGUCCAAGAUCAGCUUGCAAAUUCAGAUGUUGGAAGGGGCGCCACUCGACAUGCGAAUGGACGAGGCUGUGCGCAAGCUCGUCUGCCUAUCCAGAGACAUAACAGGCAUGUUUAUCCCCAAGGAGCUCGAGGUUGUUCACCGCUGUUGGAAGAAGUACUGGGGCUCAGUGGACAAAAUGAUGACAGACCAGGACCAGUACGACAGCCUCGAGCUGGCUCUCCAGCACCUGCACGAGAAACACGUAGAGGCCAAUAUCUGCACACCGACAGCUCAAGCCAUCGAUGACCCCUGCACCGUCUGGCUUCAAGCAAGCGAGUCCGAGCAUCUUCGGCUCUCCCAUGCCAACCGCGAGACUCUCAACGAAUACAUCGUUAUGGUCCAGCACUUUGUCAGCCAUCUGGAGAGGUUCCGCAAGAGCGCCCGGGAGCUGCAUCUGUCCAUCCGUCUGGGAAGGGGUGCCAUGGUUCCGUCGAGUGACCAUGGCGGCGUCCCGAGUGCCACGCUACCUUUUCUACCGAGCAGCGUGGUCCGCGCUUUCGAGGAGCUCCUAAUUUCAAAUCUCGUCCUGGCGGGCAGAGUGUCCCGUACCUGGGUCGGCGGCGCUCUCCGAUCCGAGCAACGGACGGCGAGCUCCGCCUCCCAUGGCGCGACUAAUAGCCAUGAUGCGAGAGCGACCCGAAAAUCUCGUCUCUACCCCCAAGGGUCGCAGAGCGGGUACGGUGCCAGCAGUUCAUACUCGUGGGGCACGGCGACCGCCACACAGAUCAGGAAUCUAUCGACCAUAGCCAAAGCGACAUCGCUCCUGAGGCAUGCGAGGAAAGACCUGGUACUUCUGGGAUCGACGACGAGUCGGGCGGGAUGCCUCAAUCUCGAGGCUAUCGGGUCCGAGUUCCCCGUCGCGAUGGUCCUCAGCAAUCUCAGCGGCCUCGUCGACGGUAAGGAGACGGAUGCCGUGGGCAUCACGAGGCGGAAGCUCCGCUAG